UUGAGUCCCCUGGCUGGUCCUUAAGAUCUCUGACGAACAAUCGCGUCUCUUCCCUCAUCGGCGGGUCAGAGACAGGGAAGGGACCUGACAAGUGGCACCCGAACAGGGACCUGAAAGAUGGUCAAAACUAAGGGUGGAGAACCUCCGCUCGGCGGCACUUGCAAUUCUAAGGUGGGGAAAGCUCCGAAGAUUGUCGAUCCGGUAAGAUUCCCGGGAAAGCGUACAUAGGGAACAGGAUUGAGACAUCAGGGACACUAAAAUGGGCCAAACAGAAACUAAAGCAACUAAACCGGAGGAUUAUUUAAAAUUACUCCGUGCCCUCCUAGAAACAUCAGGAGUGAAAACUUCUAAAAAAGAUUUUGCUCAACUCUAUAAGUAUAUUAAAAAACAUUGUUAUUGGCUACCACCACAAGGGACACUUAAACAAGCUGAUUGGGAUAAUGUUUUAAGAGAUUUUAAAAAAGCUCACAGGCAGGGAAACGUCAUCCCUGUGCCUGUUUGGUCUUUAUGUAAUUUGAUCACUCUCGCCUUGCAGCCUUUGCAAACUCCCCCACUGUCUGAAACUAAGUCAGAUACACAAGAGUGCGAGAGAGAACUCUUAGAUGAUGUGGAAAAAUCAAAGGAUCAACGCUUGAUUUGGCUACCCAGAAAAAGAAUUAAGAUACGAUAUGAAGAAGAACUCCCAAUGUCAACAUCCUCAGAAAGAGCUGCUCCAGAGGAUGGCCACCAACAAACCUCAUCACUGGAAUGAAGCUUCCUGGAUAUUGAAGUUUCUACUUUUAUUUUUGGUGAUGACAUGCAUACAUACACACACUGCACAAGCUUGCACUAUUACAGCUAAUGUGAGCAGUCCUCCAUAUUUAGGCCGAGGAGUAGUCCUUCAGUGUGUAUCCACCUGUUCUACUCCUGUAGGUCCUAUAGUAUGGAAAAAAGAUGGUGAAGAGAUAUAUA